GGCCUCGGCUCGGCCGACCUGCGGGCGGCAAGAUGGCGGCGCCCAGGCCGCCGCCUGCCCGGCUGUCGGGAGUCAUGGUGCCGGCGCCCAUCCAGGACCUGGAGGCCCUGCGCGCGCUCACGGCGCUCUUCAAGGAGCCGCGGAACCGAGAAACAGCACCCAGGACUAUCUUCCAGAGAGUCCUGGAUAUCCUGAAGAAAUCUUCUCGUGCGGUUGAGCUGGCCUGCAGAGACCCAUCCCAAGUGGAACAUGUGGCUUCCAGCCUGCAGCUCAUAACAGAAUGCUUCAGAUGUCUCCGGAACGCUUGCAUAGAGUGCUCUGUGAACCAGAACUCGAUCAGAAACUUGGACACAAUCAGUGUUGCUGUUGAUUUGAUUCUGCUGUUUCGGGAACUGCGAGUGGAACAGGAAGCUCUGUUGACAGCUUUUCGCUGUGGCCUGCAGUUUUUAGGCAACGUCGCCUCCCGGAACGAAGAUUCCCAGGCCGCUGUUUGGAUGCACGCUUUCCCAGAGCUCUUCAUCUCUUGCUUAAAUCAUCCAGACAAAAAAAUUGUUGCCUAUUCUUCAAUGAUUUUGUUCACCUCCCUUAAUCCUGGAAGAAUAAAAGAACUGGAAGAAAACCUCAAUAUUGCGAUUAAUGUCAUAGAAGCUCACCAAAAGCAGCCCGAAUCAGAAUGGCCGCUCUUGAUUAUUACAGACCACUUUCUGAAAAGUCCGGAAUUGGUACAAGCCAUGUACGCCAAACUGAGCAAUCAAGAAAGGGUUACCUUGUUAGACCUUGUAGUGGCCAAGCUGGUGGGUGACGAGCCGCUGACCCCAGACCACCUCAGUGCCUUUCUGCGCCACGCCGAGCUGAUGGCCAGCUCCUUUGUGGACCAGUGCGGGACUGUGCUGAAGCUGACGUCCGAGCAGCACCCCGAGGAUGCGGAGGUACUGGCUACAGUUAGGCUGCUGGAUGUCCUGUGUGAGAUGACGGCUAAUACCGAGCUGCUUGGCUAUCUGCAGGUUUUUCCUGGCUUGCUGGAAAGAGUGAUUGAUCUUUUACGACUGAUUCAUGUAGCUGGAAAAGACACCAUAAACAUCUUUAGUACCUGUGACUGUAUCAAAGCAGGUGAUGUCUCCAGUGUGGCUGAGGGGUUUAAGUCUCACCUUAUACGUCUGAUUGGAAAUCUGUGUUACAAAAACAAAGAUAACCAAGACAAGGUGAAUGAGCUGGAUGGCAUUCCGUUGAUCCUGGACAGCUGCAGAAUCGAUGACAAUAACCCCUUUCUGACCCAGUGGGUGGUGUACGCCAUCCGAAACCUCACAGAGGACAACGUGCAAAACCAGGAUGUGAUUGCCAAGAUGGAAGACCAGGGGCUGGCAGACACAUCGCUCCUUCAAAAGAUGGGGUUUGAAGUUGAGAAGAGGGGCGAGAAGCUGAUUCUGAAGUCCAGCAGUGACGGCCCCAGCCGUGAAUGAACUCUCCAUCCAGGCGUCUGCGUUUUCAGAACCUGUUUUCGUGGAUUUUUCGUCUUCUACAGUUUGUGAAUUCGCAAGUGUUUGAAGAUUAUUGGGUCUUUUAGAUAAUAGAGUUAAGUGCGAAUGAGCUGACCGUGGAAGAACCCGAGUUUUCUCUUGUUCCUUUGUUUUAAAUGUGACUCUGCUUUGCCUUUGUUCCCUGGAUAGAAUGUGCAUUUAAAUAAUGCGUUGUACUGACGCCUGCGACAGCAAAUAAAAUCCUCUUGUCUGGCA